AUGGAUCCGCCCCAGCUUACCUGCUCGCCACCUUGCAAUAUCAGGCUCCUACCCUGGACGGGCGCCACCAGGGUCAUUAACUAUCCCAUCCUCACCGUUAGCAGUGAUACGUGGACGACGACCAUCACAGCGCUACCGCUGACCAUAACAGACUUGAUUUUCGCCGACAAGACCAUUACAAGAGGAUCAGGCAACAACAAGCGCGCCGACCUUAGCUACUGGCCCGAACCCACAACCACAACUUUCUGGCCUGCCGUCUCCUACACAGGCCCGAACGGGCAAGUUAGCUACACGUCGCCCACGGGUACAUUCCCAGCACUACCAGCCUCCAUCGGCCCAGACGCAGCUGAACCUACUAGUGGAAGCUACCCUGUCAGUAUGUGCGACUUUCUCUUCUUUGACAUGGACAGCACGUGUAUUCAGCAACCAUGGUUAUACGGCGGCGAUGACGGCGGUGAUCCGGCGCCAAGCGACGAAGAGAAAGCCUCCGAGUACAAGACGACAUGCCCUAUCGUCACGACGUCCUCGACUUCCACCACAGCCGCGGCCGCCUCUACCGCGAUUGUAGUGCCGGUUCUAGCCCCAUCGCCUUACGUAGAUGGUGAUCCCGGGACUAAUUCUGUAAGCUGCUAUAACAGCGGCGAGACCACCGAGAACGUGCGGAUGCAGCACGCCGCCACCACCUUUUGCAAUCUCAUCAAGGACGACGACUUUGGUCCGGGCUACAAGUUCUCGUUUGAUUCUGCUUUCUCCUAUAAUGGCGGGGUAGGAUCCGUUACUAUCACCAACUCGUUACAGAUCAAGGAUGGGUGCACCUUCGAUUAUGAUUUCAAUCUGUGUCGGAUCUUAACCGGGUGA